CCAAUAUUAUAACCAACAUCGUAUCCAUUCUUGUAUUGACUUUGCCACAUACCUACCUAUAUUUUCUAAUGACAAUCACCUUUUGCUUUUUAUAAGGUACUCGGUCGCGGAAAACCGCCUUUUCUGUGUAAGUAAAAAUCAAUUCAUUUACAUCUAAUCAACUAUAGGUGUCAUUUAUCAUUAAUAUUGAACACCCACCUAUAUAAAAUCGAAUAUCAUUGCUUUGAAAACGAGUCGAAGUAUCUACUGCGUUAUAAAUACUGGUGCAGCUACAAUUUCAACAAAAUUCCAUCGUCCGUCUCGUGUUUUUGGUCGUAGGCUACACUUUCACUACUUCCAUCUACUUCACACAUUGUCCAUUCCUCGCCAAAAUGUUCCUCGAAAGAAUUAACCACUUUUGAGCCAGUAUAUUGGUCACAUUGGCAAUGAGCGCACCUCGAACUCCUUUCAUGUACUCUCGACCUUUUUCGCUGUCAUAAUUACGUGGGCCACAUGGAGGGUCUGGAAAUUUACAUUAAAGCCAGCAUUAUAUCCGGAUGAUCCAAAGGAAUAUCCGUACCUCAUUCCAGGUAUACUUUCAUUCUCACACGGCUGGACUAGGUCUUAAUAUGCUAAUUGUUACUCCAGUACUUGGUGACUAUUCAUCUUCACUGUAUACGCUUCGACUUACUAACCGAUGCUACAGGCCAAAAGCCAAAAGAAACUUCUCGCGCACGCCGGUGAAGAUUUCUUCAAACAGCAACUUCAACCCGGUGGACACCUUCAACCAUUAUUCAACACUAUCCAGAUGAAAACCAGCAAAAGUAUACAAUGGAACCAACUAUCACCAAAAACCAUCAUCUCAACCAAAGAAAACACCAAAAGAAUCUCCCUUCUAGCAUUCUGUCACGAGGUCCUUGUAAAGCCCGUAUCAACCGCUGUAUUUGGUAAUAUUCUCUAUGAAGUCCAACCCAAUCUCAGCGCCAUCUUCCGAAAAUUCGACGACAAUAGCUGGAAGAUGAAUUAUGAGUUUCCGAGAUUCGUAGCGCCGGACGUUUACGAUGCGAAAGAUGAAAUUCGUGAGGCGAUGCUACGCUACAUUUAGCUUCCUAGUGAGCGCAGGAGUGAUGCAGCUUGGAUUAUUCAUGCAUUGGAGGAUGAAUUAAAAGGUGCGGGAAUUAGUGAGGGAGAUAUAGCUUCGUUUUUCUUUGGGCCAUUCUAGACGUAAGUUUCUCCUUUUUAGAGCUCUCUCCCUCCUGUAAUAUUCCCGUACAAAAUAUCAAAUUUCAAAAUAAUGAGCAUGCUAAGAACAGUAACCUUACUUAUUUAGUACCAUGGAAAUGUAUAUAAACAUAUCUUACAUUCUAUUUGAUUCUACUCUGCACAAAUUAAUUCUCACCGAGAUCGAACCUGCAGUAGCCGAGCGUUUUCUACGAAACAGGGAAUUAAACAAAAGUAGUUUUCGACCUUUCGGAGGUGGGAUUGCUCAUUGUCCUGGUCGAUAGCUAGCUAUGAAGGAAAUACCCGUUUGUGUUGCAUUAUUUCUUUCUUACGCGUUUUGAGGUUGAGCUAGCUAUAGAUGGUGUUAGAAAUGGUUGUGCGGUUCAAAGUUUUCCGAGGGUUGAUACAACUAUGCUUGCUUUAGGGGUAUUACCACCUAUGAAAGGGGAAGAUGUUCUUGUUAAUAUUCGUUUGAAGGGAGUGAAUUAGGGUAGGGGUAAUCUGCUGUAGGAAUGUUGUGCUGCGAGUUCUUUUCCUACUACGUACUGCAAUGGGAAGUUUUGGCAGCUUGAAAGCUCAUUAGGUUAAUGUAGUAGUACUUUCCAUUCCGAGGGACUAGUGGAUAUUAGUUUUAUUUAGUUUAAAUAAUUCCAAUCUACCCACAUCUACAAAUAAUUCUAUACAAAUCUUAUACAUUAUUGUCGGCUUGCUGAUAUCAAAA